AUGAGCAAGAUGAAUGCUUUCCGAGGCACAGAUGUCGCUUCGUUGGCAUUCAAGAAGGAAUUGAUCCAAUUGGCACCGGGAUAUUAUCUCGGAGAUCUCCAUCGUCAUAUUUAUAUGACGGGACAAGACCUAGUACGCGAUGCAGGCACUGCGUAUCAAGAAGGUCUGGCAGGAGAAGAAGAAGUGGCUGAAGAUGUUGAGCCCGCCCACACGAAGAAACCUUUGAUGAAAUCGUUUCUUGAUCUCAUCUUGACCAAAAGCAUGAUUCAUGGUAACAGAUCAUCCUUUGAACUUGCGUGCCGAAAUUGGCUCUCUUCCGCCCCAAUGUAUCAUCCAGCAUUUAGUUACUUCAGAUUUGAAUACUUGAUGUUUGGGCAAAUUGAUUACAAGUCUUGUUUUCGGGUUGACGAUGCUCCUAAUUGUGUCAGAAAUACUGAUAUGAGAAACUAUCCAGCCCCAUCGUACUCGUGGUUGCAUGCACUACCAGAAGCUUUCACCGGAGAUGUUAGCGAUACAGAGACCCUCAGAAGCACUGACGACCAAGUCAUAAAUGAUUAUGAUAGGGAAGGCAUCUACAACUCCGAACAUAGUGAGAGGAGCCGAAUCAUCAAACACGCUGAUGAGUUUAGCCAGCCAUAUCGGGCACUUUUGAGGUCCCCUGAAGAUUCAAUACCCCUUGCGAGCUCAGCGUACAUCCCACCUCACAAGAGAGGCGGUCCUGAUAUCUCACACUCGCGAUCACAAUCCGAUUCUGUUGUUCUUCAGUCGAAGACUCUCCCGGGUAGAGGCAAAGCCAGCCACGGAAACCAGUCUGAAGACGGCUCACAAUGGCAGGGGGACUCCAGUUUGGGCAGACAAAUAUCUACUGGAGGCUCUUACAAACCACAUUCUAAUGCUCGCGUGCCAAGUUCUUCAACGAACGCUCCUAAUGGCUUAACAACACUGAGUGAUUUUAGCAGAUUGCCAUCGACUGAAACCAAUUACAAGGCGACUGGACAAGGCACCAAGGCAAUCAGAGGUCUCCCUGACAAUCUGAACUGCUCAGUAUUUGUGAGUCAUCUCCCAGAAGAUGUCAAGUAUAAGGAGAUUUUUGCAGUCAUUACCACCGGGUCCCUGGUAUCUGUUCAUAUCAACGAUCCCAUUCCGGGGCGUCCAUUCUCCGCUGCCAAAAUCACCUUCAAAUAUGCCGAAGGAGCUGCUAGAUUUAUGGCACUAGUAAAUAGUCUUCUGGGGGUCCAAAUUCGCGAUCAUCAUCUCGCUGCCGUCUAUAAUGACUACGGCAUGGUUGAACACGCCCAGGAACAUCAAAGCCGAGUGAUACAUAUUCAUGGACCCUAUAAACUCAUGACUGAGAGUUUCUGGAGAAGAUAUUUUGGCAAGGUCACGAGAUAUCAAAUUGAUCACGUUUCGUAUUUGCCAUUCGACCCAAAAAACAAGGUCACAAGGGCCAUGGAGUUCCGCUUUGCUAGAAUCGAGGCGCAGGCUCAGUCCAUUCUGAUAGCUAUCAUCCAUGAUCCUCAGUUUGAGGGUAAGGUGUUCUGUAAAUAUGGGCCAGAUCCUUGUGGAAGAGAUUGGGAUACCUUGCCUCUUAGAUGA